AUGAGAUGCAGUUUCUUAAUAUGUAUUACAGAAAUACUACUGGUAUUUGCAAAUAUGUAGUUUAAUUGUAUUAUUGAACUCUCAUUUUGGGGGCUUGGGCACAUUAACAGAUUAAUCCAUCUGUAUAGGGCUUUUGCUGUUGGAUAGAAUUUAAAUUGUCUACAUAAAUAUUUGUUUAGGGCCCUUAGAUUUUAUCUGAAUACACAGAUUAGGCUUUUAAAAACAGACAUACAUGUUGUUUUUGGCUUUAGGAGUUUGGCUAAGUUAGCUUUUGAACUGAGUUAGCUUUUGAACUGACACUUAUGUAGCAGCAUUUUUGGUAUGGUUAGCAUGGCACAUGUUGGAACAUAAAGCAUUUUACUGUACAGGUAAGGAAUGUGCCAUGUUGUUUUACCUAUUCUCUUUCUUUCUUACCCACUUUCACACGCACGUCCUGUGUGUGUAUUCAGAGACCUUCAGAAACAUUCAUAUUCAUUUUCAUGAGUCAGCAAAAGCCCUACGCUUGAUUCCAACAGAAUAUUUCCUUUACAUACUUUUCUUCUCUUAAUUUUUACAAAAUUUGUAUGGUAGGUGUAAAAGAAAAUCAUAGUAACUGUACCAUAUUAUUAACCCCUAAAUCAAACUUUUUUUGUCUUGUGUAUCUUGAUUUUUCUGUGUGCUUUAUAGUGAAGCAGCCGACACGAGUCGUUGUUCAUAAAACAGCUUUUGAAAGUUGAGAGCACACCCCUGGAGAACCGACUGUGCUUGCUUACGUUUGGUUCAUGACUUAAAAAUCGAGUACAGGAGUUAUUCCUGAUGAGACUAAGGCUUUGUCUCUGUUGGCACCAGCUAAUGCAGUGGCAGGUCUUCUGCCCGGUGGUGGACUCCUGCCUACCCCCAACCCACUUACCCAGAUUGGCGCUGUUCCAUUGGCUGCUUUGGGAGCUCCUACUCUUGAUCCUGCCCUUGCUGCACUUGGGCUUCCUGGAGCAAACUUGAACUCUCAGUCUCUUGCCGCAGAUCAGUUGCUGAAGCUAAUGAGUACUGUUGACCCCAAGUUGAAUCAUGUAGCUGCUGGUCUUGUCUCACCAAGUCUGAAAUCAGAUACCUCUAGUAAAGAAAUAGAGGAAGCCAUGAAGAGAGUACGAGAAGCACAGUCCCUAAUUUCUGCUGCUAUAGAACCAGAUAAGAAAGAAGAAAAACGAAGGCACUCGAGGUCAAGAUCACGUUCUAGGAGGAGGAGGACCCCUUCGUCUUCUAGGCACAGGCGGUCAAGAAGCAGAUCAAGAAGGAGAUCACAUUCGAAGUCAAGGAGUCGGCGACGAUCCAAAAGUCCAAGGCGGAGAAGAUCUCAUUCUAGAGAGAGAGGUAGAAGGUCAAGGAGCACAUCAAAAACCAGAGACAAAAAGAAAGAAGACAAAGAAAAGAAACGUUCCAAAACACCACCAAAAAGUUACAGCACAGCCAGACGUUCCAGAAGUGCAAGCAGAGAGAGACGGCGGCGGCGGAGUCGCAGUGGCACCCGGUCUCCCAAAAAGCCUCGGUCGCCUAAAAGAAAGCUGUCGCGUUCACCGUCCCCUCGGAGACAUAAAAAGGAGAAGAAGAAAGAUAAAGACAAAGAGAGAAGCAGAGAUGAACGGGAACGAUCAACAAGCAAGAAGAAGAAAAGUAAAGACAAGGAGAAGGACCGGGAACGAAAGUCGGAGAGCGACAAAGACGUCAAACAGGUCACACGGGAUUACGACGAAGAGGAGCAGGGCUACGACAGCGAGAAGGAGAAGAAGGAGGAGAAGAAGGCAGCCGAACCGAGUUCCCCUAAGACGAAGGAGUGCUCGGUGGAGAAGGGGCCGGGCGACGCCCUCCGGGAAUCCAAAGUGAAUGGGGAUGACCAUCACGAGGAGGACAUGGACAUGAGUGACUGAGCCCGGCCCGCGGCGCCCACCUGUAAACAUGCAUCAGUGUCAUUCCUCGUGCGACCUCAACGCUGUAUUUGUUCAUCUCCGACCUAGGUGUGCACAGCUCUGAGUUACAAAUGGUUAUAAAGCUCCUGAUAGUGAUAUUAGUCAUUUACACCCCAAAGCUUCUAGAAAACGAUACACGAGUAACCAGUUGUUGACGUGGUGAGAUCUGAUCGAGUAACCAAGCAGCUGUACCAUCCUGGUGCUGCUUCACAACACAACGAAAAGCUGCAUGCGUCUCCAGCAGGCAUGGAUUGUUUCUGUUGUAUGAUCCUCUUUAUUAAGUCAGUUCACUUAUAGUAUUUCUAGAAUUUGAUUCAUUGCCGUAUAGAGCCCUGUAGGGAAUGCACUGAUUGCAUGUUAAUUGUGGCAGGAAUAUCCUAAAUGUCAUUAAAAUCCUCCAACAUGAUGGAUCUCCUUACGGUCUUGUUUGUUGACAUGACAAAUUAACAUUCUUCUAGUUACAUCUGAAAAUGAACAUUUGAAAUAGAUAAUCCUUUAAGCCUCGUGGCUGAAUUUUCGUGGCUUUUGUUUAACUCUGAAAGGUUAUAUAUAUGCACUAACCUUUUUUUGAUGGCUGAUUAGGCUUUAAUUACGAAACCAGGUUUCAGAGGAAGCGGUCUCCGGCAGUGGGUCAGUAGCAUAUUUUGAAGUAGAGUUGUAUACUUUUUCAUAAGGUGUUUGGGAAUUUGUUUUCCUGAAAUAAUUUAUUCCACGUCGUGACAUCAGUGAACGCGUCUGCCUAUCCUGAGUCCAUCUGCAAAAGGAAGUUCUCUCUCGUCCCGAUUGUCAGUUUUCCAGUCUUUUAUUAAUUUGUUUUAAUCUCCGUGUUGGAAAAAAGGGGUAGUGCAUUUUAAAUUGACCUUCAUAUGCUUUUAAAAUAAGACAAAUCUACUUGAUAAUGUACUUUUUAUUUGAUCUCGAGUUGUAUAAAACCAAUAAAUUUGUGUUACUGUUACUGCAGUAGUAACCUUAUGCACACGGUGAUUCCAUGUUAAAUGCAAAGUAGUUAGGCGACUGUUUUCUUAGUUACAGGAGUUUCGAGCUUCACUUUUGUGCAGUAAAAGCAAAAGUAGGCUACAGUCUGUGCCAUGUUGAUGUACAGUUUCUGAAAUUGUUUUACAAGACUUUGAUAAUAAAACCCUUAAACUUAUGCUGAUGCUCCUGUAAA